ACUUUCCAUCAAAAUCUCUUUCUUGUCUCUUUCCAUUCACAUGACUUUUUGACAGUCCAACAAUAGGAACCACUUUUCGUGUCGAGACCUGUCAACAGGAACAACAACAUGACUAAGGACAGAUUGUCCGCUUUAAAAGCGGCGCAGUCCGAGGAUGAGCAGGACGAUGAUAUGCACAUGGACACCGGGAAUGCACAAUAUAUGGAGGAGUUUUUUGAGCAGGUUGAAGAGAUUCGUGGAAGUGUGGAUAUUAUUGCGAAUAAUGUUGAAGAGGUCAAGAAGAAGCAUUCGGCAAUUUUAUCAAAUCCAGUUAACGAUCAGAAAACCAAAGAAGAACUCGACGAGUUGAUGGCAGUUAUCAAAAGAGCUGCGAAUAAAGUGCGCGGCAAACUGAAAUUGAUCGAAAAUGCCAUUGAUCACGACGAGCAAGGAGCCGGAAAUGCGGAUCUUCGAAUUCGAAAAACUCAACACAGCACAUUAUCGAGACGAUUCGUCGAAGUGAUGACUGAUUAUAAUAAGACACAGACUGAUUAUCGAGAGAGGUGUAAGGGACGAAUUCAGAGACAACUCGAUAUUGCUGGAAAACAAGUCGGAGAUGAGGAUUUGGAGGAAAUGAUUGAGAGCGGAAAUCCGGGAGUAUUUACACAAGGAAUCAUCACAGAUACCCAACAGGCAAAACAAACGCUAGCCGAUAUUGAAGCUCGUCACAAUGAUAUCAUGAAAUUGGAAAGUUCAAUUCGAGAGCUUCACGACAUGUUCAUGGAUAUGGCUAUGCUUGUCGAAUCUCAGGGAGAGAUGGUUGAUCGAAUUGAGUACAAUGUGGAGCACGCGAAAGAAUUUGUUGAUCGAGCAGUAGCUGAUACGAAGAAAGCCGUUCAAUAUCAGUCGAAGGCGCGAAGGAAGAAGAUCAUCAUUUUGAUCGUCGUCACCAUCCUAAUCGGCUUCGUUUCUCUGUGGCUCAUUCAGUAUAUUCCUGGCAUUUAAGCCCAUUUGUUUCCCCGUCUAAACGCCCACGCU